UUGCGUAGUUGUCUGGUUUGCUCUCAACAUGUCAAUCUCCGAGUAGAGAACCUCUUUCGCUUAUCUUUCUCUCCUACUGAGAAAAACAAAUCGACAGUGCAUGUGACAAUGACGAUAAUUCCAACCGGCAUUUACUACAGUAUGGAUGUGUAUGUCUAUGUAUGCAGCUACCCCGGACCGCAGGACGCAGCAGCAGCAGCGCAGCCCCCAAUAUCACCAACGCCCUCAACAACAACCGAUUCUCACACCAGGCACACACCAUCAUCCCCCCACAGCGAAAUCAUCCUCGCGUACCUUUUUUUCCCUUCACGUCGCGCGACCACUCCAAUACUUCCGCCAUCCGUUCACCCGCCGCCUAUCGAGAGAAAAAAUCUGUUUGCUCAUUCCGUGUACCCAUCCACGUGCCUGAAGACCCGGGAUAGCUGCAUCUACACAUUCUCGUUCCCUCACCGCCUUGCUUCUCUACCUUCCCGCUCGCUGUUGCUAGCUACCUACCUCCCUAGUCCUUACCAACAUUUACUCACUCACUCACCCAAAACAUCUCCUCAUCCUUCCCGCCAUCCCUACAAUGGAACAUCCAACGGGUUUAGCGAAGCAGUAGUCCAUAAAAUAGUGUAG